CUGAAGCGCUCUUUUCAAUAAGAAAAAGAAUCACUUCUAUUUGUCGCUGUAAAAAAACGUCAAAAUUCAAUCAAUAACAAAAAAUGGUCAAUUCUCAAUUGAUUUUCUUUUUCAACAAACAAAUUUGAAUGUGAAAAAAGUAAAUGUGCGUAAAAUGCGAUAGAUCGGUAUUUUGGCUGCUGUGUGUUUGCACUUUUUUAAACGAAACAUUUUAAUUCUCAAACAAACAUAGUUCGUUGGCAAAAAAAUCGGCGCCGAUUUAUGAGAAAAUCGGUGACGUAAUCGGCGACCUAGGAAAUUGGUUUGAAAAGAUCGGCACCGAUUGUAAUCGUCCACCGAUCACAAAAGAAUCGGUUACAAUCGACAGCCUAGGAAAUAGCACCUUUAUAGCUGAGUGCAAGAAAUUGAAAAGUGACAUUACGAAUAUCACCCAAGAAGAACGAGAUCACGAUAUGCAGCAAGAUGAUUUCAUAAUAUCGUAUUCUAGAAAUAUUCGUAGGAACUCAAUCGAAAGUGAAUUUGAAUCCGAGGUCUCUCGUUUCUUAUGUGAAAUUUGGAAUGACAACUCAAUUUUGGACGAGUAUCCACAUAAUCAAAAGCUCGUCGUACACGGAAUGGGUAUCAAAUCAAAUCCAGAAAUAUCAAUCAUAAAAGGAUUAAAUCGAGAUACACAUCGAUUGCAUCGUAUUUUCGAGGCAAACUUGAAUUCAUUGGAGUGUGGAAAUGAACCAGCUGUCAUUUUCGGCAAUUGUUGCGACGAGGAUUGCCAGCUCACCUACAAUCAGCUCAAUCAGACCGCAAAUCAACUAGCCGCCGUGUUACUUAAUCGAAUCAGCACGAGCGAAUUGGAACCGAAUUCCGAUGGUGAUUGGAUUAUUGGCGUGUGCAUGCCUCCAAGCGAUGAACUCAUCAUCACUUUGUUGGCCAUUUUGAAAACGGGUGCCGCGUACUUACCCAUCGACGUAAAGUUUCCCAGAAGUCGCAUUGACCACAUUCUGCGGGAAACGGAACCGACUCUCGUCAUUUACGAUAACGAUGCGGUUGGUCGCAGUUUAUUCUGCAAUGCAAACGCUUCUUCAUAUUCCUUUUUCAAAGGUUUGUUAAUGGACCAUGAAGAUACAAAUAUAUCCGAUGCGCGAAAGCUGCAAUCGGCUAGCGGUGGACACUUGGCUUUGGUCCUCUACACAUCUGGUAGCACUGGAGUUCCAAAAGGUGUUCGACUGUCGCAUGCCGCGCUCAUGAAUCGAUUGCAAUGGCAAUGGGAAACGUUUCCAUACUCAUCAACCGAAUCGAUUGGUAUAUUCAAAACAGCAUUGACUUUCGUUGAUUCAAUAUCGGAAAUUUGGGGCCCAUUGUUGACCAAGAGAGCCAUAUUGGUCGUUUCGAAGAGUGCCACGA